ACUAAUAUAAAUGUAACAUUGGAAUGGUUUAGCAACGAAAAAUCGAUAUCAUUUGCAAAUCAAAACUUAACAAUGAUGCCAUCAACAAUGAAAUACACAAUAUCACUAUCCCCAUAUUCUUUUAACGACAACUUUUGUAAUUUGCAAUUAAUUAUGAUGGCUCAAAUUCAAAGCGAUAGAAAUGAUAUCUGUUCAAAUAAAGAGUAUGGUAAUACAACCUCAGGUGAUAAUGCAAACUAUAUUAAGCUCCAAGUAGAUAAAAACAGUUUUUAUGGUAGAUUUAUUCAAAGAGGUAUAAUAGAUUCAAAUAUUAAAAAAGUUCAAAACCAAUUGCUUGACUCAAGCUUCCAAACCAUUAGCUCAACAAACAAUAAACAACAAUCAUAUAUAGGUAUUCUUAUUCCUCGAUAUUUAUAUUCUGCUAUUUUAGACCCAGAUUUUUCAGUAUUGGUAGAUAGUAACCCAGCAGACUCAGUAUGUAAUAGUGAUGGUGGUUUAUCUAAA